AUGAGUGAUAAGGAGCCUAAAGAGAAGGGUAUUGGAAUUUCCCCUCCUGUUAAGCAAAAGAAGGUUGAAGUCCUGAUACAAUGCCGUUCAUCACACAUGGCCAAGAAGCAUGUUUCCAUGUUAGAUUACCAGCAGGAAAUGCCAAUUACUGUAGCACCCACAGCCAAGCCAAGCUUUCCCUCCGAGCCUCAGAAAACCCAGUGUAUGAUAUGCGUGAACACUCUGUAG